ACCUCGGAGCCGGGCCUGGGCUGUCAGUCUGAGCUCCACCGGGUUGAGGGCCGAGGCCCGCAGGGCCAGCGCGGCCAUGGCAGCUGUAUUUGAUCUGGACCUGGAGACGGAGGAAGGCAGCGAGGGCGAAGGCGAGCCGGAUUUCAGCCCCGCGGAGGUGUGUCCCCCGGCCGAGCUGAGGGCGGCGGGCGCGGAGACUGGGGGGCACUACGAGGAGGUGGAGCUGACCGAGGACAGUGUGAACCUGGGCCCAGAGCGCGUCGGGCCGCGCUGCUUUGAGCUGCUGCGCGUGCUGGGCAAAGGCGGCUACGGCAAGGUGUUCCAGGUUCGAAAGGUGCAGGGCACCAACUCGGGCAGAAUAUAUGCCAUGAAAGUGCUGAGGAAGGCCAAGAUUGUGCGCAACGCCAAGGACACAGCGCACACACGGGCCGAACGCAACAUUCUCGAGUCAGUGAAGCACCCGUUCAUCGUGGAGCUGGCCUAUGCCUUCCAGACUGGCGGCAAACUCUACCUCAUCCUGGAGUGCCUCAGCGGCGGUGAGCUCUUCACCCAUCUGGAGCGAGAGGGCAUCUUCCUGGAAGACACGGCCUGCUUCUACCUGGGGGAGAUCACGCUGGCUCUGGGUCAUCUCCAUUCCCAAGGCAUCAUCUACCGGGACCUCAAACCUGAGAACAUCAUGCUCAACAGCCACGGCCACAUCAAACUGACUGACUUUGGACUCUGCAAGGAGUCUAUUCACGAGGACGCCGUCACCCACACCUUCUGCGGCACCAUCGAGUACAUGGCCCCUGAGAUUCUGGUGCGCAGCGGCCACAACCGAGCAGUGGACUGGUGGAGCCUGGGGGCCUUGAUGUACGACAUGCUCACUGGAUCGCCCCCCUUCACCGCAGAGAACCGGAAGAAGACCAUGGACAAGAUCAUCAAAGGGAAGCUGGUAUUGCCCCCUUACCUCACCCCAGAUGCCCGCGACCUCAUCAAGAAGUUCCUGAAGCGGAAUCCCGGCCAGCGCAUGGGGGGCGGCCCCGGGGACGCUGCUGAUGUGCAGAGGCAAGCCUUCUUCCGGCACAUUAAUUGGGAGGACCUCCUGGCCCGCCGUGUGGACCCCCCUUUCAGGCCCAGUCUGCAGUCAGAGGAGGACGUGAGUCAGUUUGAUGCCCGCUUCACCCGGCAGACACCGGUGGACAGCCCUGACGAUGCCACACUCAGCGAGAGCGCCAACCAGGCCUUCCUGGGCUUCACCUACGUGGCGCCCUCUGUCCUGGACAGCAUCAAGGAGGGGUUCUCCUUCCAGCCCAAGCUGCGCUCCCCCAGACGCCUCAACAGCAGCCCCCACACCCCCAUCAGCCCCCUGAAGUUCUCACCGUUCGAGGGUUUCCGGCCCAGCCCUGGUCCCCCGGAGCCCAUGGAGCCAUCUGUCCCCCCUCUGCCACAGCCACCUGUGCCCCCCCCCUCAAGCACAGCCCCUCUCCCCAUCCGUCCCCCCUCGGGGGCCAAGAAGUCCAAGAAGGGCCGUGGGCGCCCCGGACGCUAGGUUUGGGGGAGCUGGCAGGGCCCGGGGGGGGGGGCAGCUCCAGCCCUGCGGUUGUGCUGGUGUGAGUGACUGGGAGGGGUGGUGGCGCCCCAAUCAUGAACCUGAGGCUGCAGCUGUGAGUAGUGGAAGGGCGCCCUCACAGGCCAGCCGUAGAAUUGCAGCAUUAAAGUACUGAUCAUGGCC